UUGAUCUGGCAUUUCAAUGUAGAAUGUUAGCACGCCAAGUCAUUACCAGAACGGCGUUAUCUAAAGCCUAUUGUUCAAAAUCUCAGUACAAAAAAAUCAACAAAGUUCUCGUAGCGAAUCGAGGCGAGAUAGCGGUACGAAUUUUUCGCGCGUGCGCCGAACUAGGAAUUAAAACCGUCGCCAUCUACUCCAACGAGGACAGAUUGCACUUGUUCAGAUUGAAAGCGGACGAAAGCUACCUUGUCGGCGAGGGUUUGCCGCCGGUCCAAGCCUACCUAAGCAUUCCCCACAUCAUCAAAAUAUGCAAAAAGCGAAAGGUCGACGCCGUGCAUCCCGGUUAUGGGUUCCUAUCGGAGCGCGACGACUUCGCUCAGGCGGUUGUCGACGCGGGAAUGAGAUUUAUCGGCCCUAGUCCUCAAAUUGUAAAGCAAAUGGGCGAUAAGGUAGCCGCUCGGCAAGCUGCAAUUUCUGCAGGUGUUCCCGUUGUACCCGGUACGGAUGGUCCAAUUACCACAAAGGAAGAAGCGAGGUCGUUUUGUGAAAAGCAUGGACUGCCCGUUAUUUUUAAGGCGGCAUAUGGUGGUGGUGGAAAAGGUAUGCGCAUCGUCCGGAAGCUUGAAGAAGUGCAGGAAAACUUUGAGCGUGCAACAUCCGAAGCGCUCAGCUCUUUCGGCAACGGCGCCUUAUUCAUUGAGCGUUUCAUAGAAAAACCACGCCACAUCGAGGUGCAACUGCUUGGCGAUAAGGUUGGGAACAUCGUUCAUCUAUACGAAAGAGACUGUUCGGUUCAGCGCCGGCAUCAGAAAGUCAUCGAAAUCGCUCCCGCGCCCAUGUUUGACCAAUCAAUUAGGGAUAAAAUUACAGCGGAUGCUGUUAAAUUGGCCAAACAUGUUAAGUACGAGAAUGCGGGUACGGUGGAAUUCUUAUGCGACCCGAAGGGUAACUACUACUUCAUCGAGGUUAAUGCCAGAUUGCAAGUAGAGCAUACGAUCACGGAGGAAAUCACCGGCGUUGACAUAGUGCAACAACAGAUCCUCAUUGCGGAAGGUAUCACGCUUCCUGAAUUACACUUGACUCAGGACUCCAUUAAAGUGUUGGGAUACGCGAUACAGUGCCGAGUGACCACCGAAGAUCCCCAAAAGGACUUUCAGCCAGACACAGGUCGAAUUGAAGUUUUUCGUACGGGCGAGGGUUUCGGCAUAAGACUCGAUGGAGCUUCUGGCUUUCCCGGUGCUGUGAUAUCGCCAUAUUAUGACUCGCUGCUCAUAAAGGUCAUCUCCUACUCGCACACCUUUUACAGUGCCUGUCUGAGGAUGAGGCGGGCUUUGAGGGAGUUUCAAAUUCGAGGAGUUAAAACGAAUGUAGCCUAUUUAAUCAAUGUGUUUGACGAGGAGAGCUUUCUGCGGGGCGGCGUCGACACCCAUUACAUUCAAGAGCAUCCGGAGUUGCUCCAGAUUAAACCGAGACGUGAUCGAGCGCAGAAACUGAUAAAAUAUUUGGGGGAAGUGUUGGUAAAUGGACCUCAAACUCCAUUCGCCACUACAAUUAAACCCUCCCGUAUUCAAGCGACUUUACCACCAACACCAAGUGGCCCUGUGCCUAGUGGACUCAGACAGAUUUACUUAAAAGAGGGGCCGGCCGCUUUUGCAAAGGCGGUAAGAAACACGAAGCAAUUGCUACUGAUGGAUACGACGUUUCGGGACGCGCAUCAGUCCUUGUUGGCUACUAGAGUUCGCAGCUACGAUUUGGUUAGGAUAUCGCCGUUUGUCGCUCACAAUUUUAGUCAGUUGUAUUCGAUAGAGAAUUGGGGCGGAGCAACUUUCGACGUGGCUCUACGAUUUUUGCACGAGUGCCCUUGGAGGCGCCUGGAAGCGAUGAGGAAAGUGAUACCAAAUAUACCGUUCCAAAUGUUGUUACGUGGAGCUAACGCCGUGGGGUACACGAAUUAUCCUGACAAUGUGGUUUACGAGUUUUGUAAGUUGGCUGUUGAAUGUGGCAUGGACAUAUUUAGAGUUUUUGACUGUCUCAACUACCUUCCGAACAUAAUUGUCGGAAUGGAAGCGGCGGGAAAAGCAGGCGGUAUUGUGGAAGCUGCGAUAUGUUACACUGGUGACGUCAGCGAUCCGAAGCGAACGAAAUACGACUUAAACUACUAUUUAAAACUGGCAAACGAUUUGAUCAAGGCAGGCACGCAUGUGCUUUGCAUUAAAGACAUGGCGGGACUACUUAAACCACAGGCAGCACUAAUAUUAGUGAAGGCUAUUCGAGACAAACACCCUGAGGUACCUCUGCACAUUCACACUCACGACACCAGCGGUGCGGGCAUCGCUGCAAUGUUGGCGUGUGCCGAAGCGGGGGCCGAUGUUGUUGAUGUAGCCGUCGACUCAAUGUCAGGGUUGACGAGUCAACCGAGCAUGGGCGCGCUAGUAGCAAGCCUCCAAGACACCCCCCUUGACACGCAACUUUCGUUAAACUCUAUUUCGCAGUACUCGGCUUACUGGGAGCAGGUUCGCAAUCAAUACGGCCCGUUUGAGUGUACCGUAACAAUGAAGACGGGCAACGCCGACGUGUACCAAAACGAGAUACCAGGGGGCCAGUACACCAAUCUACAAUUUCAGGCUCAUUCUCUGGGUUUAAGUGAGCAAUUUGAAGAUAUCAAAAUUGCGUACGCCAAAGCGAACGAACUGCUUGGCGACAUUAUUAAAGUGACGCCAUCUUCGAAGGUGGUGGGUGACCUUGCUCAAUUUAUGGUGCAAAACAAGCUCACAGAAAAGGAUGUUGUUGAUAGGGCCGAAGAAUUGUCCUUUCCGGUAUCGGUGGUCGAAUUCCUUCAAGGUCACAUUGGUCAACCGUACGGGGGAUUCCCUGAACCGUUCCGAUCAAAAGUAUUAAGGGAUUUUCCUCGUAUAAACGACCGACCGGGAGCGGCUAUGCCACCUUUCGAUUUCAAAGAAUUGGAAACCACUCUUAAGGAAGUGUACAGUGAUAUUACCUUCAGAGAUGUCAUGUCUGCAACUCUGUACCUUGACGUAACGAAAGAGUACCUAUCGUUUAGAGAGAAAUAUGGGCCCGUCAGUCAGUUGGAUACAGCUACAUUCCUGAUAGGCCCGAAAGUGGGAGAAGAAUACAUAAUCACCAUUGAAGAAGGGAUGGUCUUCCACUUAUACGCCCUUGCGAUUACGGACGAGCUAAACGAGAAUGGCGAACGUGAAGUGUUUUUCGAACUAAACGGCGGCAUGAGAACAUUAGCCGUGCGCGAUAAGACCACCGUAAAGGAAUUAGAAAUCCAUCCGAAAGCAGCUAAAGGGAACGAGAAGCAAAUUGGCGCCCCGAUGCCCGGCAUGGUCGUCGAGAUCAGAGUCGAGGAGGGGCAGGAGAUCAGCAAGGGCACACCUUUGGUAAUACUGUCCGCUAUGAAAAUGGAAACAGUUGUUCAAAGUCCGGUGGCAGGAACUGUGGACACCAUACACAUUAAGCCAUCUAUGAGCUUGCAGGCGGAAGACUUAAUUAUUUCGUUGAAAUGAAUUUGUUAUUGUAUUUUUCGUAGAGAAUAAUUUAACGUUUAAGUAUUACUUUUAUUUUCCACAAAAUCUCCACGUGACCAUAUGUUGAAUAUCUAUUAAAAAAGUUUUUAGUACAGAGAUGCAAAUUUGAAGCACGAUGGACCCGAUAAUUAUAAAAAGAAGGAGUAUUCUGGUGUGGUUAACUGAUCGAUUAUCUCCUCCUAGCUUUCU